AUGAGGUUUGGUAAAAAAGUGAAGUUGAGUCCCCGCUAUAUAGGGCCAUCUAAGAUUAUUCGAAGAGUUAUCCAAGUAGCCUAUGAGUUAGAGCUACCACAAGAGCUUUCAAUAGUUCAUUCGGUGUUUCACAUCUCAAUGCUUUGGAAGUAUAUAGGUGACCCAUCUCGUAUUACUCCUACUGAAGAUGUACAAGUUACGGGAGAUCUCACUUAUGAAGAAGUACCUAUUGCUAUUCUGGAUCGACAAGUUAGGAAGUUAAGAAAUAAAGAAGUAGCUUCUGUAAAAGUAUUAUGGAGAAACCAACAAAUAGAAGAAGUUACAUGGGAAACGGAAGAAGCAAUGAGAUUGAAGUAUCCUCAUCUCGUCCAGACAAUUGAGAAAGAUGACAAUGUUGAGUUGAGGCAUUGA